AUGGCGCUCAAAGAAAAGGAAGGGGCUCACUUGAGCAGUGACAUUGACUUUAUCAAGACCCCGAAAGCGCCCACUAACACCCUCUCGACGGGUCAAAAUCCUGGGGUUCCCUUGACCAACUCCCCCGCCAUAAACAAUGCACCUCUUCCAGCCGAAGGUCCUGGGCACGAACAAUGGUCUAACCUCGUCCUCGGCGCCGUACUUGUGGGUAUCCCCCAGUGGCUUUCGUGGCAACUCGGCGGAGGCUUCAAGACGGCCCUUUUCCUCGCCGUUUUCACUACACUUCCAAUCUUGAUCGUCAUCUGGACUCUUAUGUCGAGAUACAGCCCGCGACUCAACGAUAACGUGAAGCUACCCGGUCGCCCGGUUGAAUUCUACCUAACGUUCAAGAAUGAACAACACCGAGCGCGAUGGAACGGCCGGCGUAAGAUCCCGAUGAACAAAUUCUUCGAGCUCUAUUUCACAGGCCAAGUCGAUCUUAAUGCCGAUGCUCUCGAAGUUUUCGAGUACCGCCAUGACUGGGCGACGUUUAACUUCACCAGGGAGACAUUUCGGUAUCUCAUAUUCAACUUCUUCCCCGACGUCAUCCUACACCUCCGUUCGCAAGACGAGGAGCAAGUGCGCAACAACUACGACAGUGGCAACGAUCAUUACGCCUGGUUUCUCGGCCCUCGUAUGAUCUACACCUCGGGGAUUAUCUCUGACACUACCCGUGAGGAGACUCUAGAGGAGAUGCAAGAUAACAAGCUCGCUAUUGUUUGUGAAAAGAUCGGUCUCAAAGAAGGAGAGACGGUUCUAGAUAUUGGAUGCGGUUGGGGCACUUUGGCGAAAUUUGCGAGUCUCAAUUACGGUGCCAAAGUCACGGGCGUAACCCUUGCUCGUAACCAAGUCGAAUGGGGCAACGAUGGUCUUCGAAAAGCAGGUGUUCCUGAAGAGCAGAGCAGGCUUUUGUGCAGCGACUAUCGCGAUAUUCCAGCGCAAAAGUUCAACAAGAUCACGCAGCUCGAAAUGGCUGAGCACGUUGGCGUAAGGCGUCUGACAGGGUUCUUCCGCCAGUGCUACGAUAUGCUUGAGGAUGAUGGGGCUAUGUAUGUCCAGGUAUCUGGGUUCCGAAAAGCGUGGCAGUACGAGGACUUCAUAUGGGGCCUGUUCCUUAAUAAGUAUAUCUUUCCUGGUGCUGACGCUUCCACGCCCCUGUCCUUCUAUGUUGGUUGUCUUGAGAGCGCUGGUUACGAAGUCAAGAGCGUCGAUACUGUUGGUGUUCACUACUCCGGGACGCUCUGGCGAUGGUACAGAAACUGGCUUGGGAACGAAGAGAAAGUCAAAGCCAAAUAUGGCGUGCGCUGGUUCCGAAUAUGGGAGAUCUUCCUGGCCUACUCCACGAUCGCCUCUCGGCAGGGCUCUGCGACUUGUUUCCAGAUCGUCGUUGUGAAGAAUCUCAACGCAACACAUCGCAUCAAUGGUGUUUAUUCCCAGUAUGGUCUGCACGGUGCUCUUGAGGUAGCGAGGGCGGCUGGUAAGGCUGUGUUGCCCGAGUAG